ACAUUAUAAAGCUAAAGAAGAAAAUAAAAAAAUGCUAUAAGAAAAUUAAAAAUUUGGUUGCUUGUAAACUUUUCUUUAAUAUUGUCCUUAAAAUGUUGUUAAUCUUUAAUUAUAACUAAGUAAAAAUAAGUUAAAUAAGAAAAAAAUUAUUGAUUUGAGUAAUCGAUUAUCAAGCUGUAAAAGCUUGACUUGUUUAAAUCUUAAUUUAUAUUCAAAUAAGAUAAGAAGUUAAGGAUUAGCAUUUUUAGGAAAUUCUUUUGCAAACUGUCAAAAUUUAAAACAUUUAAAUCUUAACUUGUUUGAUAAUUAUAUUGAUAAAAUAGGAAUGAUUGGCUUAGGUAUCGGGUUAGGAAAUAGUUUAAAUUUAAAAACUUUACAAAUUGAUUUAAAUUUUAUUGGAUAAUAAGGACUUUCCAAUCUAUUCAAUGGAUUACAAAAUACUAAGACUCUAACUAAUUUAGAAUUGCAGAUUGUAGGUAGUAAAAUUCUUCAGUAAGGAGCAAGUGAAAUUGGAAGUGGAAUAGGGAGAUGUUCUAGCCUUAAAAAUAUUUCGCUCUAUUUAAGAUCAAAUGAGAUCGGUUCUUUGGGUGUCUCAGAUUUGUGUUUUGGAUUAGGAUAAAUUAUAAAUCUAAGUAGUUUAACUCUCUCUUUAAGUUAAAACAACAUAGAUGAUUAAGGAAUAUUUGGAUUAUGUAAUGGGCUAUAACCAAUUUAAAACUUAGUGAGCUUAGAUAUAAUUUUAAAUAAAAAUUAGAUAGGCUAGGUUGGCCUAUUAAGUAUAGGAGAAGGAUUUAAACGAUUUAAAAAUUUAAAAAUCUUACAAAUAGAUUUAAGAGAUAACAAUAUUGUCCAUUAGGGAAUAUAAAAUCUAUUUAGAGAGCUAAGAAAUUAUUAAAAUUUAGUGAAAUUAGAGCUGCUCUUAAACAGGACUAAAAUUAAUGUGAAAGCUUAAAAAAAAUUACUAAAUAUAAUUCAUAAAUUUAAAAGAUUAGUUAUCAAUAAACUACUUUUUUGAUAUUUAAUUGAUUUUAUGAAGCAAACAUUUUCUAAAAAAAAUAUUAAUAAAUAUUUUAGAUUUAAUUAAAAUCUAAUCAAUUAAAUCUUUAUUAAACAAGU